AUGGAGUUUAACCUUCGAUGUUCGGAGUCCAUGCCAGACUUUUCUAGGGUCGGAAUGAUGGAUGAGGACAUCCCAAACGUGCGGGGAAGAGGGCCUUCUCAACCUCGUGGCUUCUUAAGGUCCCAAAUCCGAGCUCCAUGUGCAUUGAUGAAGGGACUUUCUGACAUAGACCAAGAAAUCACGAUGGCAUUCAUCAAGGCUCUUGCGGUUCAGCACCAGAAGCGUUCGUUGGAAAGGAGGAAAAUCCGAAAAAAGAUUAACCGAAUAUUACGUAGGGUUAUUGCGAUAUCGAGGGAACUUCACACCCUCAACUCUCACCCCGGGGACUGGAUUGAGCUUGGAAUUUCCGAAUUUGAUCGCAUACCGGAUUGUAUGAUGCCGAUUCUUGAACUCGCUGGUCAAGGAGUCCAACUGUUCUACAAGUCGAGAAGAGUUUCUUAA